UCUUUAGAAAUCAUGCAGGAGUGAGACAGUUUGAUUUGAUCAUGGUAAAGAUUGGUAGAGGUUGUAUUAACCUAUUCGUUACUUUUUUAUUAUAUCAAGUUAAAAGCGCAUAUGAAUAAUCUUUAGUAGAACAAUAUCAAUUAAUAAAAUCAUGUUCGCAAUACGACGAGCGGUACAAUUAGUAAGAUAUAUUAAUGUACAAAAUUCUGUUAAAUUUCAUCAUGCAUUUGCGUCCCUAAAAGCGUACUCCACAAAUACGCAGCACGAAAAAUGUGAUCUUUUGAAAGACGAUAUUAAUAAAUCAAGUAACGAAACGAAUGAUAUUAAUAAAUCAAUCAACGACAAAAACGAUCUUAAUAAAUCAACCAACGAAAAUGGUAAGGAAGAGAAUAAGAAAGUGUUUGCAAAAAUAGAAACGAAACUUCAAUUAAUUUUCAUUUGUAAAAAAUGCAAUACACAAAACAAUAAAAUAAUUUCAAAGUUGGCAUACCAAAAGGGUGUGGUAAUAAUACGCUGUGAUGGUUGUAAAAAUAAUCAUCUUAUAGCUGAUAAUUUAGGAUGGUUUAGUGAGUUAGGUCAACAUAUAAAUAUUGAAAAAAUAUUAACAGCAAAAGGAGAAACAGUUCGCAAGAUACAAUAUAACGCUGAAGGAUUUCUUGCUCUUCCAAAAGAAGAACUGAACACUCAAGAAGAAAAAGGAAAUCCUAAUGAUAAAUCUAAAAAUGAAAUAGAUUCAAAAUAAGGAUACAUGGAAGUAGGCAAUUCUAAGAAAAUAUAUAGGUAAAAAUAUAACUAUAGAUAUAAAUAAAAAUGUAGACGAAUUAAGACUUUACUAUAAAU